CGAGCGACGCUCUCACAUCGGCACACCGUGAUGGACACCGCUCUGGUGACACCCGAGGAGUGGGCAGCGUUCGAGCUCAAGGCGGCCGGCUGGAAGCCCGUUUACAACCCGCCGCAGAUCGGCUCGAGCUGCUCCGCGAGGCUCGCGCGCUGUGUGAUCAACUCUAGCUGCCUGUGCGUCGGUCCCUGCUGCCGCGCCGCCUUUGACCUGCCUUGCUGCUGCCCCACGGACAGCUUUCGGCUCACAAAGCCGGAGGCGGCCUUCGGAAGAAUGCUCGAGCGCGCUUCAACAAAGCGCCGGACCGCCUACGAUGGCGUCUGGUGGAUGGAGGACAACGUCGCAGGCGAGGGCCUGCUGACCCUGCAGGAUGCAGAGUGGUUCUCGGACUCACUGUUCUUCAAGACGGCCGGGUACAACUGGACCGUCGACAGCUGCAGCACCGGCGUCGCGCUCGUGCGGCGUCUGGCUCACCCUUUGGUGGGACUGCGUGACAGGAGGGAGGCACACGUUCGAGGUGUCGCCGUCGGGGCGCUGGAUCAUGAUUGUCGCCUCCGGCGACCAGAUAAAGGGAGCCAACUGGAUCUACGAGGGCGACGUGGUCGUCGGCGCGGACGGUGCACCGCUGCCGGAAGGCGCUGCGUGGAGCGAGACUUGCCGAGAUAUGGAGAUAUGGCAGAGAGAGGAGAGAGAGGAGAGCGGGCUACCCCGCCCCCCCCCGCCAGGCGAGGCCGGCGGCGUGCAGCUCACCCCGAUGUACGAGAGGCUCAAGGCCGCGGUCUACAACCAGUGCACCUGCGCCUUCUCGCCCACAGACGGCUCGAGCUUCAUCCUCGCCGCGCAGGCGAACCGGUUCGGACCCGCGCCGCCCCCGCCCGAGCGCAUGGCUCGCUGA